CCAGCACUUGCAGGGUGGAAUUUUACACCUGCAAGCAUGGGCUGUAGUUGUCUGUUGUUACAAAAUGGGGCAUUUAAAGUUUUUCCAUUUUAUUAUAACAAAUGAAUAGGCGACCAGAGUUUUACUAGCAAAUUUUAUGGGGAAGGUAAGGCAUAAGCAUCAAGUAUGAAACUAUUUACCAGGGAGGCCGGUUCGUUCAUCCUAUUCUGAUAUUCAGGACCAAGAGAUCCUGGAUUCUCUUUCGGAUAGGCCCCGAAUGGAGGGGAACUAAUUAAAAAUAUUUGAUUUUUCUCACUGGAUGCUGUCACAUGUGUUGAAGAUGGAUGGGAGGAGUCAAGCCUGCACGAAGGCACUGAAAAUGUAGAGAUUCCUAGUUUACCAAUCUACUUCCCUGGCUACGGGUUUGAAUGAUGCAUAAGUGCUCGAGUUGUUCAGAUCAUCUCAUGUCGUUUGUGACCUGAGUACAUAUGUGCUACAGGUCUUGACAGUACUUGUGCCCUGUUUGUUUAUCUAGCUACAUACUCCAUUAAGCUGUGUGCUGGUUGGCAAUCUAGAUUAUCGGUGGUUUGGAUUAUUUAGUUUUGAUGAAUGAUUAUUAUCUGCAGUGCCCUUGCUUAUACCGCUGCUUGCUGUGCUACAGCUUAGCUUCUCACUGCUUGGUGCUGCCGUUCAAUGCUCGCUGUGCUUGCUACUGCACGCCGUUCAAGUAAUCGUACAUUAGUACUUGUGGCACGGAGAAUUCUAUGGUGUUUUAGAUUAAAAAAAAGUGGCAAGCGACGACAUUAAUUAGUACUUGUGUCCUUGUAUCUAUGCAUUGCUGUACCUUUGCUUUUUAAUAUAAUACAAAAUAAUGUCUCAUUGGCACCUGGACAUACUUUUUCUGGUAAAAAUGUGUAAUAGUAAACACCAAGCUAGCAAAUGUCGAAGGGAUGCUCGUAUUUUUUCGAUUAAUUGUUUUUACAGUGUUAAUUUCUGUUGAUAGUUGACUCCAUUAAUCUUGGGUGUGUCAAAAGCAGCAGAAGAAGAACCGGGAGUUUUGGUAAAGAAGAAGGAAGGAAUGCUGAGGUUUUUGGCCCAGGUCAGCUAUCGUGACCGGGCCACGAAACAGCCUACAUAAAUAGGCUACGGCAUGCGGCCCGCCUGCUAAAAUGUUUCACGGACAGCCGACGGCCCGCCAAAGUCACGCGACCGGGACCGGAGCGCCCACUGUCUUUGUACACCGUUUCCCGCCGUUCGCCGGACAUCCCGGCGACGAUCAAACUGACCGACCGACCGACCAGCCUGGUCAGAGUCAGAGCCGCUGGUAGUAUUCGGACCCAGUACAACUCCGCCCGCGCCGGCGAAAAUCCAUGGGCCACGGCACGACGGAACAGCGAGGAGCGCCGGCGUUUAAGUGCCAUCUCGACGACAAAGAACCCAACCCAAUCGCCUCACGCGAUCCUGCUCUCACCGUAGCGCGCCGCUGGUCGCUAACAAUGUCCAUGAGCAAGCUCGCCGCCGCCGGCGACGGCUGGGCCGACCUCCCUCGCGACCUCCUCGAGUCCGUCCUCGCCCGCCUCCCCGUGCCGGACCGUCUCCGCUUCCCCGCCGUCUGCACCGCGUGGCAGUCGGCCGCCGCCACCGGCGCCUCCGGAAGCAACGCGCCGUUGUCGCCGUGGCUCAUGCUCCCCUUCAACCCGACCGCGCGCGGGCGCCCGCGGCGUGGCGGCGGCGGCGACGCCAGGUUCCUGAGCCUGGCGGAGGGCAGGGCCUACGCCAUCCGGCAGCCGGCGUCGGUCGUCUCCGAGCACGUCUGCGUCGGCUCGUCGCCCGACGGGUGGCUCAUCACCGCCGACGCCAGCUCGGAGCUGCAUCUCUUGAACCCAGUCACCGGCGCGCAGGUCCAACUGCCGUCCGUCGCCACGCUCCCGUUCGUCGACGCCACCCGCGGCGCGGACGGUUGUGUGGAAAGCUACAGCCUCCGGCGCUGCUUCGCCGACGACGACUGCGGCGACGAGGUGCUGAUCCCGCCGGAGACGCUCGCUCCCGACAGGCUCCGGUACGAGGUCUACGAGAAGGCCAUCGUCGUGUCCGCGCCGCGGCGGCUGGCCUCGCCGUCGGGGGAGACAUGGGGCGGCUACGCCUUGGUGCUCAUCUGCCAGCCCCUGUCCCGUGUCGCCGUCGCCCGAGCAGGGGACGCGGGAUGGACCCAGCUCGACACGCCCGCGCGCUGCUGGGUCGACGCCGUGCGCGCGGCCGGAGCCGACGGGGUGGUCUACGCGAUGGACACCGCGGGGCGCGUCGAGGCAUGGGACAUGGACGCGACGCCGGCGCCGGCGCCGUCUCGGGCGGCGAUCGCGCCGCCGUGCCGCUGCUCGGCGCGCGCGUGCGCCAUGUCGGCGGCGUGUCGCAGGUACCUCGUGGAGCUCGCGCCGGGGCACCUUCUCCAGGUGCACCGCCUCCGCGGCGCGGCGCACGCGGGGUACACCUGGGAGCCCCGGCCGGAGCACGUGGAGUACGCGACCACCGGCGCCGAGCUCUUCGAGUGGAGAGCCGCCGGCGCGGGAGGCGGCGGCCGGUGGGCGCGGGUGGACGGCGAGGGCGCCAGCUGCGUCCUGGGCGGGCGCGCGCUGUUCCUGGGUAAGAGCGCGUCGCUGUGCGUCCCGGUGGACUGCAGCGGCAGCGGCGGCGAGCUGAGGGGCAACCGCGUGUACUUCACCGACGAUGGGCCGUGGUCGCACGAGCGGUGCCACGAGGUGGCGCCGGACGUGGGGGUGCUGGACCUCGCCGACGGGAGCUACCGGCCGCCGCGCGGCGCGGCGCGGGACCUGCUCUGGAAGUGGCCGCCCCCGGUGUGGGUGUUCCCUUCGCUCGCCAGCUGA